CAUCGGCACUGACUGCGCAUGCGCUUUAAUUUCGCGUUCUCCUGUCACAAAAUAGACGCUAGUGCUCAGAAAGCACCGCAUCAGUCUGAAGAAAGUAACAGUGGACACACGCAUCCUGCGUUUACCUUCGGCGACGAAGCAACGCCGAGCGCAAGCCAGGAAUUCUUCGAGGGCGCUUCAUGGACUUCCGACUGUUGCACUACGAUUUAUGACGACUCCUUCGAAGACCUGUGGAACGCGUUGAAAAGCCACAAACAUGCCACGGACGUCACUGGCCAUACACGUGUCACUGAAAACGGAAUCACCAGUUCCCCACCUAUGGUGUCCAGCAGCAGCAUCAAUCACGCACAGCCCAGUACAAGCCGCGCUGGCAUAGAGGAAGCAUCGACCAUUCCGGAAAACAUUGCUAGGUGUCACUGACAACGGGAGCACAAGUUACCAGCACCUGGGGUCCAUCAGCAGCAUCGAUAACGCAAGGCCCAGCACAAGCCUCGCUGGCAUGG